AUGUGGACCCUUUUCAGACAAUUGGACAAUCAUCAACUCGAAUAUGGACGAGGAAGUGAUUGGGUGGAAACAACCGGGAAAAGACAACAACUACAACAACAAAUUGGUGCAACAGGGCAACCGAGGAACACUGUGGUACAGGGACCCGUCGAUGUCGAUGCGGGGAGGGUGCUGGUUGGAAUCGGAAGAGCCGUUUUGGCGAGACUCAUCUUCAUCGUUCACUCGGUGGUCACUAUUUGGACAACCGUGCAUGUACAAGAGAGUGAAUCGGUGUGGAUCUUUGCGCUGAUCGCAUUGUUGAUCAUCUUUGAGGGAUCCUAUGCGAUUAUUAUGAGAGCCGGUGAUGAGAGAAAGUGG